AUGACCUUGACAGAGAAUCUUGACCCGACCCACGUUUCGACUAAGAACCCCCUUGUCGACCUCUUUUAUGACAUGGAGCCAACGGUCCAAGGAGAGCGGCUACAACACCUUCUCCGUGAAGCGUGGGCUCAAGAUCCCCUCGCGACAUUGAAAAUCAUCUUCAACUCCCGUUCCAUUCACCUCGGCAAGGGCUCAAGGCCAACUUUUUACAUGGCUGCGGGUUGGCUCGCAGAGACGCACCCUCGUACACUCCUACGGAACCUCGCAUGGCUCAGUCGACCUGUGAUAGAGAAGAAGGCGGCAAAGGAAGACCCGUCGGGAGCAAAGAGUGGCGAAGAUUCUAUGGUCGUUGUGACAGCCGAGGACUAUUCUACAGACGGGGAUGAUUCUGGCGCCUACGAUGUGCUGAACGGAGUAGCUCACGGCUAUUGGAAAGAUCUUUUGAAUCUUCUAGCCCUGAGCGCCAACGACCUCCUCAAUGUCCUAGCACAGCCUAAAGACAUUCUCAACAUUACUGAUCAUGAAUCACGCAAUACACAGGAGGAAGCCCGAGCGAAGCGCCGCAAGCUUCGAGAAGACCGUCAUACUCGGGCCGUUGAGAAGUUCAAUACCAAUGCCUUCCACCGUGGACUUCAUCUGUCAGUGGCGAGAUUAUUUGCUACGCAGCUUAAGAAGGAUCUUGCAGCCCUCCGCGGCUCCGACACCAAGGCAAAGCGGGGCAUCUCGCUCUGCGCCAAAUGGGCCCCAUCUCACGAGAGAUUCCACGACAAGCACACAAUAAUCGUUUCGUCGAUCGCUGAGCUUCUGCAUCCCAUGCCGGAAAUUCAAGAGCGCGUGGCGAAGGACCCUGCCCUGGAGGGAGAUCUAGCCAAGCAACGAGAGGUAUACCUCCGCCACGUUCGUGAAGAAUACCGCAAGUCAAUUUCUGCGUUAAGAGAUCAUCUCGGCGUCGUUGAGCGGAAUUUGUCCGCAAAAACGUAUGAAAAGAUCAAGUAUGAUCGCAUACCAUCCACCGCAAUGAACAAAUACAUGGACGUCUUCCUCAAGAGAGACGAAGAGCGCUUUUUCGCCUACGCUGAAAAUGUCGCUGGCGGGAAAGCGCAAAUUAGCGGCGCCACCCUGCUACCCAGCGUUCUUGUCAAAGGCGCCUUAGACUCAAGCUCCAAUCGUCAAAAGAAGACAAGCAACUUGGAGUGGAUAGUCAAGAGUAAGAUCUCUGACGGGCAAUGGAAGACGCUAGUACAGCGUAUCAAAGACUCGGGAGCUCUCGAGUCAUCCAUGGCCGUCUGUGAUGUGAGCGGCAGCAUGUUCUCGCCCCAGCUACAGGAUGGCACGUCUCCCAUGCAUUCUGCCAUCGGUCUCUCGCUAUUGAUCAGCGAAGUGGCCCAGCCGCCUUUCCAGGGGGCAUUCAUCACCUUUAGCGAGAGGCCGAGUGUUGCUCAAGUAGACCUGUCCAAACCCUUUUCAGAGAAGGUCGCUUCCAUGUCACAGGCAGAGUGGGGCUGCACCACCAACUUUACGGGUGUAUUUGAAGACCUCAUCCUACCGAUGGCCCAGAAACAUAACUUGAAGCAAGAGGAUAUGAUCAAAAGGUUGUUCGUUUUUAGCGAUAUGCAGUUUAACGAAGCCACUGAAGGGAGCAAGAAGUGGGAGACCUCUUAUCAACGUAUCGCAGCAAAGUACAAGGAGGCCGGCUAUGAACUCCCUGAACUCGUCUUCUGGAAUCUUGCGGGCGGGCGUGGUGAGGGUGCCCCGAAGCCCGUUACCGUUGAUGAUAAUGGCACAUCUCUGGUGUCGGGAUACUCUCAAGGAAUGUUGAAGGUGUUCCUUGACGGUGGAGGGUUCGAGGAGCCCGAAGAGGAGGAGGACGCUGUUGUAGUGCAGGUGACGGAAGAUGGGGAUGUCCAAGUCGUCGCGACCACCAAGGCUAAGACGGACCCUCUUAAGCUCGACAAUAAUGUGAAGCUAAUCGAUCCGAAACGAGAUGCACUAUACAUCCACGACCCCGCGGCGGAGAAGGAACUAACCGACUCGAAACCAUGGAAAAAGGACAUCAACUGGUUCAAGCAUGUCCGCAUUAGCGCGGUCGCGCUCAUCAAAAUGGCCGAUGCCAACGAGUACCUGAUCGAAUAUACCGAGGCGUCGAGAGCACAGGGGAGGACGGAGAAUGUGGUUGGCUGGUACCAUAGCCACCCCGGGUACGGGUGCUGGCUGAGCGGCAUAGAUGUCGAGACCCAAUUGAUGCAGCAACAGUUCACCGAUCCCUUCCUAGCCGUCGUCAUCGAUCCCGAUCGAACCAUCAACGCCGGCAAGGUCGAGAUUGGUGCUUUCCGGACGUACCCUGCCGACCACAAGGCCGCCGGAGGCGCUGGUCCUGGGAACAAAUCCGAAAGCGGAGCUGUGCCUCUGGCCAAGAUUGCCGAGUUUGCUCGCUUGACAACCACCUUGGACCUCCUCUGGCAAAAGUACUGGGUCCAGACGUUGAGCGCAAACCCGCUUCUCACCAACAGGGAAUACGGCAACAAGCAAAUACUGGACCUGAGCUCCAAGAUUGCUGAAGCUACGCGAAAUCUCGCCAAGGUGAGGCCUCAAUCUGGCCUCUACCCCAACAAGACGGCUGUGGACAAGGCGCUCGAGAAGAUUGCCAAGGACAGCGAUAUGAUUGCGACCAGGGAACGUACCGGAUUGCUUGCGGCGGACGUCAAAGCCAAAGUAUUCUGCGAUUCUUCUACUAAGUCUGAAUAA